UUUUUAAUCUAUACCCGAACACCUCUGACCUUUCUCAACACAAAUUACACUAGACAACAAGAAGCCGCCUUUGGUAGUACUCGUUUCCAUUUCUUCCUUAUUUUUGUUUCCAGCCCCAAAUUCUUAUACAUAUCAAUCUUCGCAGCACUAAUCUUUUCCGACGAGAGCGAGAGCCUUGCUCAAUUCACAGCUUAUUUCAUAUAUUAUAAACCCCCUUUGUAUACAGUUGAGUUGAAGAAUGGCAACUAAGGGUGGCUCUCAAUUGUCCUCUGUUUUCACUUCCUUUUCUUCUCAGUCUCGACCCAGAUCAAUUUCCUCAAAGGUGAAUUUAUCACUAAAGUUGUUUGGAUGCCAGCUGGACAAGCCGCAGAGAAAUUUUAGAGUAGUGAGUUCGUGCCUAAUAGUACCCAAAAUGUUGAAAGCAAAGAAAGGAUUUGCAAAGAGGCAAUGUAUAUUAUCUACUUCGUCAGAAGAAGUAGCACAGUAUAGUGAUGUUGAAUCAGAUGCUUCAGAUCAAGAACAAGAUGAUAAUCUCACUGAAGAAGCAUCUUCUGCCUACGCUGAAGGAGGUGGAGGAAAGCCAGGUCUUAUUUCCUUUUAUAAUCAUCCUUACAAACUAGAAGCAAAUGUACUUAAAUACAGUACUAACAGCAAUCAAAGCAAAGUGCUGUGGUUUGUCGGCCCUGCUGUUCUUGUUGCCUCUUUUGUUUUUCCUUCCCUUUACCUCCGCAGGAUACUUUCUACUGUCUUUGAGGACUCUUUGUUAACAGAUUUCCUCAUCCUAUUCUUUACAGAAGCUCUCUUUUACUGUGGGGCUGCGCUGUUUCUUUUUAUAAUAGACCAUUUACAAAGGCCUGUAGAGCAGAAAAUAACUACAAAUAAUAGAAACCCCCCGCCCGAGCGGGAGUACCAAAUCACUUCAGUUGCUGUCCUGGUACUUAGUCUUGUAAUACCAAUGGUAACUAUGGGUCUGGUUUGGCCGUGGACAGGUCCUGCAGCUUCUGCUACACUUGCUCCUUACCUUGUUGGUAUUGUUGUGCAAUUUGCAUUUGAGCAGUAUGCAAGAUAUGUGAAAUCACCAUCAUAUCCUGUUGUUCCUGUGAUCUUCCAGGUGUAUAGAUUGCAUCAGUUGAAUAGAGCAGCGCAACUGGUUACAGCUCUUUCAUUUACAGUGAGAGGAGCUGAGAUGACAACACACAACAUAGCAAUCAAUAGUUCAUUGGGUACACUACUGAAUGUACUUCAGUGCCUUGGGGUAAUCUGUAUUUGGUCCCUUUCGAGCUUCCUUAUGAGGUUUUUGCCCUCUGCCAUCAUUACUGAGCAGUAAGAUGUGAGUGUGUGACUUUUACUCCCUGCGGUAGAGGCACAUUGGCGGUUAAAUUAAUUGGUUCUUUAAGCUGUUCUUUGAAGCUCUGAUGAUUCUGAAUAGAGAUCUUUUUAGCAAAAUUUUUAGUGUAUCAUUUAGCUGACAGAGAAGUGACUGUUGCUGUUUACAGUGAAUGUUGGCCUCUCAUGGAGGCACGGAAGCAGUUUUAACUGUCAAAAAUAAAAUUAUUUUUUAAUUGCUGGUAUAUAUGAAGGUCCUGAUUUAAAGCUCAAAAUCUGCUCUGGAGAAGUGAUUGGUCUGUCAAAGCUAGGAAAAAAGUACUGCUAUUUCUCUGAGUGUCAUUGUAUAGCAAAAACAAAAUCUUGUAACCAACAGUUUUUUUCGCAGCAAUAUUUUUGUUAGAAAUUCGUUCUUUC